AUGGCCGCCCGACCGCAGAACAUUGGCAUUAAAGCCAUCGAAAUCUAUUUCCCGACCCAAUGUGUCGAUCAAACCGAACUCGAGAAGUUCGAUGCUGUCAGCGCCGGCAAGUACACCAUUGGUCUUGGUCAGACCAAGAUGUCCUUCUGCGAUGACCGGGAAGACAUCUACUCGAUUGCGCUCACCACGCUCUCCUCCCUGAUCAAGAAGUACAACAUCGACCUCAAGAACAUUGGCCGUCUAGAAGUUGGCACAGAGACCAUGUUGGACAAGAGCAAGUCUGUCAAAUCGGUUCUGAUGCAGCUGUUUGAAGAGAGUGGCAACCACAAUGUCGAGGGCAUCGAUACGGUCAAUGCCUGCUUUGGUGGCACCAAUGCUGUUUUCAAUGCAGUCAACUGGGUAGAAUCCUCUGCUUGGGAUGGGCGUGAAGCCAUCGUCGUGGCUGGCGAUAUCGCUCUCUACAAGAAGGGCAACGCCCGCCCGACAGGUGGUGCCGGUUGCGUCGCCAUGUUGAUCGGACCUGAUGCUCCCAUUGCCUUCGAACCUGGUCUACGUGGCACCCACAUCGAGCAUGCUUACGAUUUCUACAAGCCCGACCUGACCAGCGAGUACCCAUACGUUGACGGCCAAUUCUCUCUGCAGUGCUACACCAAGGCUGUGGACAAGUGCUACAGUGCCUACAACGCUCGUGAACAGACUCUCAAAUCUCUGCAGAACGGCCAUGCGAAUGGUAAUGGCGCGCACACGGAAGAGAGCACCCCUCUGGACCGUUUCGAUUAUAUGGCUUUCCAUGCCCCUACCUGCAAGCUUGUAUCCAAGUCAUACGCUCGCAUGCUCUAUAACGAUUUUCUCAACAACCCUUCCGACCCUGCCUUCGCCGAGGUUGCUCCCGAGCUGCGGGACCUCGAGUAUCAGGCCUCUCUCACCGACAAAAAUAUUGAAAAGACAUUUAUGGCUUUGACCAAGAAACGCUUCCAGGCGCGCGUACAGCCUUCGAUUCAGGUUGCCACCAUGUGUGGUAACAUGUAUUGCGGCAGCGUGUAUGGUGGUCUGGUCAGUUUGAUCAGCAACAUUUCGCCCCAGCAGAUCCAAGGCAAGCGUGUGGGUGUGUUCAGCUACGGUUCUGGUCUGGCCAGCGCUCUCUUCAGCUUGAAGGUAGUUGGCGAUACCACCGAGUUGGCAGAGAAACUGGAUCUCCAGAAGCGGUUGGAUGAACGCAUGGUUGUCCCUCCCGAGACAUACGAUGAGAUGUGCCUGUCUCGUGAGAAGGCCCACCUUCAGAAAGACUUUAAGCCUACGGGAAGCACCGAAAACCUCAAGCCUGGUACUUACUAUCUCACCGAGGUUGAUGGCAUGUUCCGUCGUAAGUACGACAUCAAAGCUUGA